GUAGGAGUUUGCGUUUUGACGGUGGGCUGGUGGAAAUGGUGACUAGGGUGUGGGUGCCACCACCGCGGCCGUAGCCCGUUUCCGAAGUCUCUGUCUUUUAAACCUCACCGUCUGCACCGACCGGGAAAGUUGGAAAGUGCAGGCCCCGGGAUCGUUUCUUUAUGCAGCAGUACCUAUUGAACUUGGACAAAUGGAAGAAAGAAGGGCAUGCUGCUCUGCCUUUAUUCCUUAGAAUCUUGUUCUCAUCUCCUUUUAUCUACAAUUCUCUAUCCCCUUAGAAUCUUGUUCUCAUCUCCUUUUAUCUACAAUUCUCUAUCCCCUCCUUUAUUCCCCUCUCACUUUCAAAUGGAAGCUGUCUUCAGGAGUCCACGUUUCCCUCCUCCAUGCUCUCUCAUCUUCUGCUCUGCUUUGUUUUUUCUUCUUGGCUUCUCUUCAUUAGAUUGCAGCCAUGGGUAUGGCAAUCUCUCGAAUGGUGCGGAUGCUCUUUGCAAAGCGGGAAAUGAGGAUUCUGAUGGUGGGUCUCGAUGCGGCAGGGAAGACCACCAUCCUCUAUAAACUCAAGCUUGGAGAGAUUGUGACCACCAUUCCCACCAUUGGGUUUAAUGUCGAGACUGUAGAGUACAAGAAUGUGAGUUUCACUGUGUGGGAUGUUGGAGGUCAAGAUAAGAUUCGGCCGUUGUGGAGGCACUACUUCCAGAACACUCAAGGACUUAUCUUUGUGGUUGACAGCAAUGAUAGGGAACGUAUUUCGGAAGCUAAGGAUGAGCUUCACCGAAUGCUAAGUGAGGAUGAGCUACGUGAUGCAACACUACUUGUAUUUGCCAACAAACAAGACCUUCCAAAUGCAAUGCGUGUCUCGGAGAUAACUGAUAAACUUGGUUUACACUCCCUUCGUCAGCGCCGCUGGUACAUCCAGAGCACAUGUGCCACUUCUGGUGAGGGACUUUAUGAAGGCCUUGACUGGCUAAGCCAGAACAUUACAAACAAGGGAUGACGUUUGGAAUAGUAAGGUGAGGUAAGACGUCAUUUGAACAUCAGAAAGACGCCUCAUUCCAAAUUUCCUUAUUUGUCAAAGAAUAUUAACUUUUAUAAAUGUCAUUGAAUGUCCCCUUUGGAAACAUUAAAAGUUCAUGGUUGUAAUAGGGAGCAAUUGAAUGUAAUGCCAAUCAGUUGCUUGUAAGAUGAAAA